UUUCUCUCAACCCAUUACCUUCCCCUUCCUCUCUCUUCACUCUCCCAUACGCACAACCCCCCACCUCUCUUCAUACAUUUUCUUCAAUUUCAACAAUCUUCAAAAUUCCUUCAACCCAACUUCAAAUAUGGAUACCUACCAGUGCUUCUACUCCUCCACCGAGGAGCCGUUCGCAGCGAGAAGUAAGGACUGCCGUGAACAGUGUGAUGUCACAUAGAAUAGAAAGGGGUCUUCAACCCGAUUUUAUGCCGAUCUCCUUCUCCUUUCUCUUCCGGUUAGAACAUCGUGGAUUGGCUUUAUAAUAAGUAGUACUAUCCUUCAUCGGCAAAAUUAUGGAUAUUAGGGUUCCUUUGAGCUUUUAUAUUCUUGUUGGUGGUUGUGCUAGGGUGAUUUGGAAUCCUAUCUCACAUGAUCUUCCUUUGCCUGUUUGGACAAGAAAUGUUAUAAAUCCAAUGAUGACUGCAAUUUCAAUUUUGAAUGUCAAGGAGUUUAAAGGAGAAGUUAACUAAAACACAAAAUCCAGUCAAGAGUUUGAAUCUUCCUAGCCUGAAGAAACGUGUUAACUAUAAAGAUCAUUGUUUUUGCACCGACUUGAAAUUCCCAGUUAGAGAUUAACUUUCUCAUAGUUGUGGUGGUUCAAAUAAGGAACAAUGGGUAUCAUAGAAAGGUUUAAGGAAAUUGAAGCUGAGUUGCAAUCCUCAACUUGGGACCACAAACUUAAAGUGUGUUUAAUAUCUUACAAUGUAUGCCUCGGCUAUGUAACUUUUUUCUUUUGCAGGGAGAAUUAAGAACCACAUGGUUGUGCUUUGGAAGCUUGGAUGGAUCAUCCGCAAGACAAAUGUGUUGAUAACACAUGCAUUACUUUCAAACUUUGAUGAAAAAACUUUGAUCUACGAACUAAAGAAAAAGUUAGACUAGAUGAAUAUACUUUAUUGUAUCAAACUUUGACCUUUUUGUAAUUAUAAGUUAUAAUUAGAUGCAUUUCUUGAUUUUAGUUUU